AUGCCAGGCCUACGAUGGGCCUCGCCGGCCACCCUUAGCCUUGUGGUGCUGGUGUUACAGAACUGCAGUUUGGUCAUCAUGACGCGCUAUUCUCGUGUUAAUGGGACGCCCGAAAGCCGCUAUCACACCUCUACACUCGUACUAAACCAGGAAAUUCUAAAGAUGCUGUUUUGCGUUGUAAUCUUUGCUGUGGAGAACCGUUAUUCCAACAGAGUUCCUCCUCUUGGUGCCAGGGAUUUUUUGACUGUUACCCCCAGCGUACUAACAUCGUUGUGGCGUGCAAUCUCUCAGAAAGAAACCCUUAAACUGUCGGUGCCUGCGGCGCUCUUUAUGAUGCAGAAUUAUCUUAUUUUUAUUGGUCUUUCGAACCUCGACGCGGUAUCUUUUCAAGUUUGGUCGCAGACGAAGUUGGUGUCUGCCGCCGCCUUCUCCGUAAUAUUGCUUAAACGUCGUCUCAGCAUGAUGCAAUGGCUGUCGUUGUUUGUGCUCAUUUUUGGGGUUCUCCUCACUCAGUUGCAGGGUGCAGAAAUGUCGGCAAGGGCUUCUUUGCCCACGGUAGAACACCCUCAGCGGCCUCUGCUUGGUGUUGUCUCCUGCGUCCUCUCCGGGCUGUCCUCCAGCUACGCCGGCGUAUAUUUUGAGAAGGUUGUCAAAACCACGCCACCCUCACUGGCGGUGCGGAAUAUUCAUCUCUCACUCUUUGGGAUUCCUUUUGCGGUGCUCUCCAUGUUUUUUGUGGAUAUCCUUCCUUCAUGGAAGGUGGAAGGAAAAAGUGGUCAAACGUUUUAUUUCUGGCGGGGCUACGAUCAAUGGCUAACCAUUGGUCUUGUCUUUGUUCACGCGCUCGGUGGGCUUUUGGUGGCCAUCGUGGUGAAGUACGCGGACAACAUCGUCAAGGGCUUUGCAACAGGAGUGGCGGUGGCUGUGAGUGGCAUUUUGUCGUUUAUCAUCUGGGGGCAGGUGCCGUCCGAGAUGUUUGUUUGGGGUUGCUGCCUAAUCACGGCGUCAACCGUCAUGUAUCAUCGCUUUGAAGAAGGAGCGUGUAACGGAGUAAGAAGCUGA